AUGAGUUACGUCCAUGAUCUGCCCAUUCAUCCGUCAGAGAAUUUCCCUGAAGUAGUUCAUGAACUACCUAAAACCUCUACCGAUCAAAAUCAAUCAUCAUUACCACAUGGUUUCAGUAAUAAAGAAGUAUCUCCACAAGUAGGCGAAGGCAUAGAAGUGAACCCAUUGGAAGGCGGCCGACCCAAUGAAAAGAUAUGGUCUCCCCCUCCCCCAAUACUUGAAGAGGGAGCAGCCUCCCCUCCGCCAAAUAAAUGGUGGAAGACGCGCAAGGGGAUAUUAGUUCUCGUCGCCAUUGGUCUAGUCGUCGUAGCGAUACUCCUCGGAGUCUCUUUGGGAGUUUUACUUAGCGGAAAGAGUAGCUCAACGGGAAACUCCAGCCCAAGCAAGGCUACGGAGACAGCGACCACGACAGCAACGCCAAACAGCUCUGGUUCUGUUUGCCGGUUGACGGUAUGCCCUUCCAUGAUUGCCGUGGUUCAAGAUUCCUCUCCAUCUGCGUCCGCAGACUCAAAGCUCUUUUUCGGUCUUGGAUCCGACAGCGCGGUAUGGUAUCGGCAGUGGGACGGCUCCAACUGGAGGAAUCAGUGGGCGAGUCUUGGUGGCCAAUUCGCCAGCCAGCCUGCUGCUGUGAUAUUCGAGAGCGAGCGAACCAAUUUGUGGGUCGUGGACAAGAGUUAUGGUAUCUCUGCAAUAGCUUACAAGAACGGCACGUGGGAUUCCUCAUGGCUCGGUCUCGGGGGAUUCGCAACAUCGCCGCCAACAAGCUGCUCCCACGACUCAGGCGUGCUGGACCUCUUUAUGCGAGGUUCUACAAUGGCUCUACACCAGAUGAACUGGAAUACAACAUCAUUUAUGUACUCCGGAUGGCAACCUUUGGGUCUUUACCUAUCGAGCUCGCCCAUGGUCUCCUGCUCUCCCGGCCGAAUGGAUGUUGCUGUCUAUGGCGGCGGGGCCAGGGCUCCGCAUGAUCUCUGGGUUGAAAGAUGGGACAAUUCAACUUGGGAAAGCUGGAAAGGCGAGGCAGGGAGCUUCAAGGGUGACCCUUUUGUAGUAUCCUCAAAUUCUAAUCGGAGUGACUAUUUUGGCGUCAGCCCUGAUGGCCCCAUGUAUUAUCUAUUGUGGACGUCCGAGGGUGGAUAUGGGAAUCGGAAAAUAUAG